AUGGAGGAGCUGACGGCGUUUGUCUCCAAGUCGUUUGAUCCCAAAGCCAAGGAGAAGAAGGAGCUCAUCACCUAUCGCGAGGUGCUGGAGAGCGGGCCCCUACGCGGCGGCCCGCGGGAGCCCGGCGGGGCGGCGGCGGAGCCGGGCCGGGAGGACACGGGCAGCCCCGCGGCGCGGCCGGCCGGGCGCUCCCCGCCGCGGGAGCCCGACGCCGCCGCCGAGAGAGCGGCCGAGGCGGCUACCCCCAAGCUCAGCGACGUGUCCCCAGAGCUGAAGGAGCGCAAGGAGGAUGCGAAAGCGAUGGAAGACGAAGGGCAGACGAAAAUCAAGCAGAGGAGGAGCCGGACGAAUUUCACCCUGGAGCAGCUGAACGAGCUGGAAAGGCUUUUCGACGAGACCCACUACCCGGACGCGUUCAUGCGGGAGGAGCUGAGCCAGCGGCUGGGGCUCUCCGAGGCCAGGGUGCAGGUUUGGUUCCAGAACCGGCGGGCCAAGUGUCGGAAGCAGGAGAACCAGCUGCACAAAGGGGUGCUCAUCGGAGCCGCCACCCAGUUCGAGGCUUGCCGGGUGGCUCCCUACGUGAACGUGGGUGCUCUGAGGAUGCCCUUCCAGCAGGUGCAGGCGCAGCUGCAGCUGGACAGCGCCGUGGCACACGCUCACCAUCACCUGCACCCUCACCUGGCCCACGCCCCCUACAUGAUGUUCCCCGCGCCCCCCUUUGGGCUACCACUCGCCACCUUGGCCGAGUCCGCCUCUGCCGCCUCCGUGGUGGCCGCGGCCGCCGCAGCCAAGACCACCAGCAAGAAUUCCAGCAUCGCCGACCUCCGCCUGAAGGCCAAGAAACACGCCGCCGCCCUGGGGCUGUGACCGCGCUGCUGCUUGCUUCUUUUUUUUUUUUUUUUUUUUUUUUUUGGCAAAACAAGAAGGGGGAAAAAGUGUUUAAAAAAAAAAAAGAAAAAGAAACGAGGGAGAGGAGAAACGGACGGGAGAUAUAUACUUAUUUAAGGAAUUCGAGGACGCGCAGCUGGGAAGUUCACAGGUUUUGAAACUGACCUUUUUCUGCGAAGUUCACUUUAAUACAAGAAAUUUGAUAAGAGAGGCGGGCCUCCUUUCACGUUGCAUCAGGUACUUGAGUUUAACAACCACGUCUGGAAUAGACACAGAAAAAAAAGGGAAAAUAAAAAAAAAAAAGAGACGACGACGAACAGGAAAAAAAAAAGGGGAAAAAAAAAGGACAAUGAUUUCUCUGCGAAUUUCUAAUGGGAAACUGUCCGGGAUACUUCCUCCAGCAGCAUUCCGGGUUGCAUGUAUUUGUAUUUCAUUGAUGGAGUCGUUUGAUUCACUUGCACUUCACCCUCAUCUUUAGUAGAAAAAAAAAAAGACAAAAAACCAAGAAAACCACAAAAACAGACAAACGUGGCUGGGUUCUUUCUCAUUUAAUCUUGGAGGGAAGCGGGCAGAGAGAGGCAGAUCCAGCACUACCUUUUCCACUCUCAGAUUUUUGUCGGUCGUUUGCUGUCCCGCCUGUGAAAUAAAAGGGAGCAGAAAGCGCCAGGAGAGCGGACUUUGCCUCCCUUUGCCGGGUCUCUCCUGUCCUGGGGGCAAAAGUAAAUGAAAAAAAAAAAAAAAAAAAAAGGAAAAGAAAAUGAAAAAAAAAGAGAGUAUUUAAUUCCCAACCACCACUUGACACCACGGCAAAUUCCAAUAAGAGGUACUGGGUACAUGUAAAAUAUGUUGAU